CGUUUGGACGUGAAAGUGGGGGCCAAAUAUACGAGGCAUCGGAGGACCCGUGUGGUGGUGGGUGUGAAGAGAGAAAAAUCACCCACUGCCCACUCCCAUUGCGCUUCUCGUGUCUUUCAGUCGCCCCUUCCUCAGUUUCGUUUUUCACAGCUUAAACCCGUGAGAAAACUGUACGGACGGACUCUGAGUGCUGGUUUCUGACUCUCGAGAGAAGAAACCCCAAGUGGCGGGCGUCGUCGUGAAAGGAGACAUGCUCCACAACUUCCCAACACCUUUCUUCUUUGCUGCUUAACUUCUCGGCAAACUGCUUUUCAGUGUUUUUCUUAUUUGAAUUUAGCAACUUUGGUAGCUUACAAUUACGUUCGAAUGAAAGACUCGCUGAAGAAACAUGAUGGCCAUUCCACGUGAGAACUUUGCCCAGAAAAAUCUUGAUCAAAACUCUGUCCAUUUAUUGUUUCCAUAUACUGUUGAUUCUAUGCCCUGGCGGAAUUCAAAUGAACAGAAGAUUCAAAUGGCUUUGUCUGAUAAUAUAACUCUAAAGAAUGAAACUCUCCCACAACCUCACCACGAACAAUCAGGCCUUCGGUUACGAGAUCAGGAGUCAUCCACAGCCUAUUCAAUGGGUCAAUCCCUUCAUAAAGUCCGUGCUAUGGAAGUGCAAAAUGCUCAAGAGCAAUGUAUUUCUUCAGAGUCUGGUUUAGAUGAAAAUUAUGGCGAGAGCGUAGAGAAUCAGAUGAAACCAGUUAUUUUGUUUAGCAACCCUGAAUAUAUGUUCAAUCCUCCCCAAGUUGAUAGCAGCCAUUUAAUGGCUCGAGUGCCGUAUCCAUAUCCAUACGUAGAUCCUUCAUAUGGAGGGCUAUUCUGCAAUGCCUAUGGUCAGAUGGCUAGUAAUUUACAUGAUUCUGAUCAGACUCAAGCUCAAGUAAAUUCCAAUGUUGUUGGAAGUACACCUGCACGAGUCCCCUUACCGCAUGGUCUCGCUGAAGAUGGGCUGAUCUAUGUCAAUGCAAAACAAUACCAUGGAAUCAUUAGAAGAAGGAAGUCUCGAGCAAAGCUCGAGGCUCAAAAUAAAGUCAUAAGAAAUCGAAAGCCAUAUCUUCACGAGUCCCGACAUCGUCAUGCAGUGAACAGAGUGAGGGGAUCUGGUGGACGCUUUCUCAGCGCAAAAAAAGACCAGCCACCCAACCAUAUAACUCCUCCUCCGACCGAUUGGUGCCAACGGAAAGAUACACCAGACUUCAAUACCUGUAGCUCCGAAACUGGUGACCCUGGCACCAUGACUGCAACUUGCUCUGAGACCACAAGCAUCUCUAGUGGCUCAGUAAUGUUUGGUCGGACAUGGUCAGACAGUCAGUUCUCCGCCGUCUCUUCCAGUGGUGGCUUUGUGCACGAUGGAGCGCGGAACCAUGCAUCAGUUGUCUAGUGAAAAACGGGGAGGUGGAAGAAGAUCAGACCACCAGAAGCCUCCACAUGAUUCAAUUAGACCGGCAAAUCAUCCUUGGCUUUGUUACUUAUUUAUGCUUUGUCAUCUUAGUUAGUUUGGAGUGGGUAGAGACAGCCGCCAUUAAUGGACUUCAAUAAUUUGCUCAUGCUUAGAACACCACAACCCAAAUUUUUAGAAGCGGACCACAAUGGAAUAGACCAAAACCUAUUUGAGCUGCAUUUAUUAUUAUUAGUUUGAAAUAUAGAUAUUCCUGUUUCCAUUUA